AAUUUACUGGUCAAGCCGUGCCCACAGGAAAUAGGUAGUUGAUCAGAUCACAGAUCACAGAGUAAGUACGUGCUAGUAGCCAGAGCUCUGGAAACAAGCAUCAUAGAUCAUCUAGGUACUGGGUGGUACACACAAGCUGUAAGAAGAGUCUGUUUCAGUGGGAAGGCCCUGCAAUCAUGGGCAUAUCAACCAGGCAGAUACCCUACAUUGGAGCGACAAUCGUCCUGUUUAUAGGAGGAAUACUGUUCUUUGCUUUCCCGAUGAGGAACCUGGUGACGUACUUCCUCAACCAAUCAGAACGGAUAUUUAUUAUCAUUCCUAUAGUGGGUAUUGUGUACAUGGGACUGCUCUACAUCUUAGUCGUCACUACGUUCUUUCUUGCCUCCUUUGUGGACCCGGGGAUUUAUCCAAGAGAGCGUACGGAGGAAGAGGACGAUUUCAGACAGCCUCUCUAUCGUGCCAUUGACAUCAACGGUGUCAAUGUGCGGAUGAAGUGGUGUGACACCUGCAGGUUCUACCGCCCACCACGAACCUCACACUGCAGCAUAUGUGACAACUGUGUGGAGCAAUUUGACCACCAUUGUCCGUGGGUGGACAACUGUAUCGGGAAACGGAACUACAAAUACUUCUUCUUCUUUGUAACCUCUCUCACUCUGUUCAUUCUCAGCGGGUUUGCCUGGGGCAUAGUGUCCAUCAUCCUGCACAUUGAUGACCUCACCAUGGUCAUUGUUGAGAUUAUUCUAAUGGUGCUCGGUGUGUUGGUAUUUAUACCUGUGGUGGGACUCACUGGCUUUCAUAUGGGUCUCAUCUGUAUCGGCAGGUCAACCAAUGAACAUGUAACUGGAAAGUUUCGUGGAGUUCAGAAUCCGUACGACCUUGGCUGCUGGCGAAACUGCGCUGCUGUUCUGUGUGCUUCAAAGAGACCACGCUACAUGCAUUAUAAGGUGAAGAGUUUGCAGCCCAGUGAUGGACAAUCAGCAGGGGAAUCCCCUCCGAGGGCUGCCCACGACCUCAGGGGUAUGCCUAUAUACGAGGAUCUGGAUGACAGCAAUCUCCAUAGAGAAAGAGUACAGGCUCACACGCAACACACACAGGCACAGGCACACACCCAUGCCGACCUGGUCAGUCAGAACUCCAUGAACCCUCUCCUCCAGAGACAGCUGAACGGUUCAAAUAUAGUAGAGAGUAACACGAACACUAUGGCCAGUAUGAGAUCGGGGGCUCGGAGUGAGAUCAGUGUUUAACAUUACAUCACCACCCCACCAUAAUUUUUAAUGAUUGCACUGCUACUCCGUCUCGAGACAAGCUUAGUGGAUUCAAACUCUUCAUAUCUCCAUAAACUAUAUAUUAUUACAUCUGUUUCUUUCUGUGUAUAGUUUAUGUAUGUAUCCUCGUAUUCAUUUCUGUUCUCGCAUAUUGCAUAUUGACAAAUGAA